AUGUUUGCCAGGCCGUAUGUCUGCUUGGGAUGCAAGCGGCCAAUAUCACAGCUUCUUUCACGAUCACAAACUCAAUACCUCCACGCCUCUCCUCCAUUGGCAUUUCCCCGACGGAAGAAUUUCUUCUCAUCCAAUGCAUAUUUGAAACAAAAAAAGCAGAACAGUGAUGAAUCAAUUGAUUUGUCUUCAGACUCCCAGAAGCAACGCCGAAGAGGACACAGGUUACCGGCAGCUCCUACUUCAUUGCGACGAGUAGCGGUAGAGGCACAGAGGUCGAAGGAUGGCAUUCACUCCAAAGCGCUUCUCAAAGAGCAGGGCUUACAUCGAACUAAGACAGUGACCGCAUACGCCGUCGCCGAGCAAUUCAACAUCCGCCAGGUCAGAGAUAUUUUGCAAGAACGAGGAUAUGAACCGGACCCAUUCGAGACAGGGCUCUUCCCACAAGUCGUUCAUGUACAGAUACCCUUAGACUCGAUCCAACGCGUGACCAAUCCCUCUAGCACAGAUCUACCGUCAGACGAAGUGGGCGAUCUGUUCGUGUUCCCAUCCGGUACAGUGGUAGCGUGGGCGCUGCCAGAGGGAUUUACAUCAUUCUUGGCAACACGGACGCUUCUGCCUGCGGCAGAGGGUGCACAUGUGGAUGAUUUGGAGACUGAGGAUCUUGAGUUUGUGGAGGACCCGAAACGGGAGAACAGUGUUAUCAAGGGCGACACAAUCAUAUUGGGAACUUACUCCGACCACGGCGAUACAGAAAGAUCACCAACAGCGCAACAAUCCGUUGACACGGUAUUGACCAAGGUUGCAUUCUCGUCGGGUCUCGCUCGGAGUACCAAACUGGCUGUCCUUGAGAGCCUGCUAUCAAAUUAUUUUGAAUCAACUCGGCCAAUUCCGACACUCCUUUCACAGGGAUCUCGACUUCCUUUUACACGAGACUUCGUUCUCCGCAAAACUGGACAACUACUCAGUGUCCGAGCCCAGCUCAAUCUCUAUUCGGAGCUCACUGAUUCCCUUCCCGAUAUCUUUUGGGAUAGUCGACAUGAGCUCGGCUUGGAGGGAUACUAUGAACAGGCUGGUAGAGCGCUGGAUGUUGGAAUUCGCAUCAAGCUGCUGAACGAGAAGAUGGACUAUGCGCAAGAGAUUGCAAGUGUACUUCGGGAGCGCCUUAGUGAGACACAUGGCCUUCGGCUUGAAUGGAUUAUCAUUCUGCUCAUUGCUGUGGAGGUUGGCUUUGAAGUACUGCGCUUAUGGAAAGAGCGAGUACAUGAGCAAGAAGAGAAUGCGCGCAAGCGGCCUGAAGCUACCUGA